GUCGCGGCUGUGUGCGUGUGUGCUUACAUUAUGCACCGCACCAACACAUGCGGCGGACGGUGAGCGAGGCAAUGAUGUGCACGAAGUAUUAUCCCUUAUUACACGAUUUGCUUCCGCAGCGGCCGCACGUACAAUAGUCGUCAGCCGACCUCUUUUGUCGAUCGGCGUGCGGAGUGCAGAUUUGUUUACAUCUAAUAAUCGGAGCGAUGCAUUAUGCGUUAGUUGGCGCGCUCGUACUGUCUAUCGGUCGAUUAUCGAGUUGCGAGUGAAAUGGACGGCGCCCGUGCGAAGUUUUGAUUAAAAACUUUUGUUAGUGAACUUGUGAACUUUCUGAGGUCGGACUGAUAACGUGAUCUCGGCGAAGCCAAAUUUUCAACUGUGGUUUUUAAACUUAGAACUUAUUGUGCCAUAUGAACUGUGAAAGUGAUUGUUUACGUCGCAUUUCGAACGUUAAUCCAAGCCAAUAAUUUUGUUUUACGCUGGAAGACACAACUUAGUAUUUUCGUGACUUUGAAAAGAAAAUUUUUUGGUGAGGUGGGAAAAUUGUAAAAUUAUUGCAAUUCAGAGAAAUUCUACUACAACGGGAGACAUUAAAAAAGCGUGAGGCACUUAUUUAAAUCGCCGCCGCAGUAUUUAUGCAUAAAAAACAAACGGCAUUCUGUCCACGCUUCUUCCGUAGAAAAAGACGCUGCGAAAGACAAAGAUGGCUAUAGCAUUCAAUCUGCCAAGUGAGAGAGAGGCGAGCGAGGAGAACUUCUCUAGGUUGAACCGACUCCUAGCCGAGUUGUACGAGGUGCUCUGCCACAUCUUGGUAUCAAGACAGCCUGGCCAAGAGGUUCAGGAGAACAGACGAGAUCGCCCAUACUCCGAAUCGGACGUCGAAAGGCCAACAACCUCUAUAGCUCACAGUAGGCGCUCAGCAUCCUCACCUCCACUCACGCUGACCUUCGACACUGACCUGGAAGACGAUGUAUUCGUCUGUCCCAGAACCGACAACGGGAACGAUCCAUUCUCCACUACCAACUUGGAGAUCUUCACGUACGGAAGCCCUAGGACUCCUGCCGGCCUCUUGUUGAGUCCGCGGCGAGAUAGCAGAUUUACGUUUUCUGUGUCGAGUGAGAAGCAUUGGAGGGACAAGGGAGGAACGGACGUGGCUGACGGUGUGACAUCUGAUACAGAUGAGAUCGACGCAGCAUCUCAAGACGACGAUACUUCAUCUGAAGGGUCCCUGCUCUCAUCAAUUUUACCCAACAAAUUGUCCGGCUCCAUCUGUACUGCGGUGCUGUUAAUGGUAGGUUGGAAGUUGUUGUCUACAAAACGAUGAACUAACACUUUCAAACAGUACUUACGGCAUUAUAUACGCAGCAAUGUACAGCGUGCAACGAAUAAUUGUCAUGUUAUUCAACACGACACGCUUUUUCAUAUAAAUAAUUAUUGUAAGUACAUUUUUAUACGUAUAUAAUAAUUUUAUACGGGACGUAAUAACGCACGACUUUGUAUAAAGUUGUGUGAUUAUAUUAUACGUCAAACGGAAUGAAUAUGUAUUUUAUACACAUUUAAAAUGUAUAAAACUUUUGAUCGAACAAUAUUUUGAAUUUAGAAUUUAUUCUUAAUUUAAAUAAUAUGAAUAUCUAAUAAAGACGAUUGUAUUCAGACAAUAUUAAAAACUAUAAAAAUAUGUUCUUAUUUUAAAUAAUUAUUAUAGAAAUAUUUUUUUUAAAUAACCAAAAACGAAAUGUCUUUUUAAUUUUUAUAUAAUAAAAAGUUUUAUACAUUUUAUAAAUUAAUGUAAAAGAGAUACUCGGGGCAGUUUUUAUAUUGAAUGUUUUUAUAUUGUUAUAAUAUGCCAGUGAUAUAAACACUUUUUCAACAUUACUGUAAGAUUAUUGUCAUUCUCAUGCAAAUGUGGUAUUGUUCCAUAAAUGCAGUCCAAUUUGCUAUUUACGAUUCUUGUUGAGAUAAUUAUUAAUAAUUAAAACGUCAAUUUAACAUUCCGCUUUCGGUGUUGAAAUAUAUCCAUAGUUAUAUAAUAUGCGUACAUAUAUAAAAAUAUUAUUACGUAGUUAUAUAAUAGUAUAAAGUAUAAUAUUUUGUAAAAUGGACCAGCUUCUUUGAGAUUGUAUAAAAUAUGUGUGAUUAAGUAAUAGAUUUUAUUUAACGAAAAAUGUAAUAAAAUGUCCGUUUUUCCACAAAUUGUUCCAAAGAGGGCAAACCUAAAAUAUAUCAUCCAUUGAUCUCAUUUUAUUAUUUUUUUUAUUUGUAAUAAUGGAAAUGUUUAUUUUAGUGAUAUUGUAAUGUAUUUAAACUUAAGCCAGUUGGUUGGGGUUCGUGCCAAGUUGUUUACGGUGGAGAUUUUUAUAAGAGAUGGAUAUUUUAAUAUUACAUAUAAUUUUAUUGGUGUAAAUAAUUAGUUAUAAGAAUAAAAUUAAUUGUCCUGGUUGUAUCUGUUUAAAAUAAUUUUUGUACAUUCGCAAAAUAUUAAUAUUUUAAGAAAAUAUUAACGUUUUGGAUAUUCAUCGGAGUAUGAAGAGGUAUAAGCAAGGGCAGAUACGACAAGGCAUGUGUUAAAAUCGCACUCUUAAUAAUGAACUGUAGUAACUCAAAAUAUUUACACAUAUGAAAAUGUAAUUUAAAGUAUUGCUUUAUGAUCCAAUUUCCAAAAUUUAAGAAUAUUCACUUAAUGCUCUUUAUUAUUAAGCAUCCGAUAUAUACAACAAAAUAACCAUACUUAAACAGUUAGAGCAUAUAUUUCGACUAAUUGUUUGGACUCGAAAAUGCAUGUAGCUAUAUAAUAUAAUUUAAAUAAUACUCUAUUAGUACGAUGCUAGUUGAUUACUCGUAAAUUUAAGUUUUUGAGGCUUUGAAUUACUCUUGUCUCAAUACUUUAAUGUUAUUAAAAAUCCCGUUAAUUAAUGUUCAAUUGGUUUAUAAUAAACAGUUUAUUUUUGUAGCACAUUGGAAAAUAAUUUUCAUUGAUAUAGAGUUAUAAAAACUCGUGAGUACCCCAAUCUCACAUAUGUUAGCUUGGCUUUGUCUAGAAGGUCUGGGACUGCAGGGAUCCCUCCCAAACAAUCUCUCAUCUCCUGUAGUACUCUUUGUGUACAUCAUCCUUGACGAAGAAAGACCUGAACGAAGCGAAUGAGUCAUUGAAUUUGCCAAGUUCUGAUCUAAACAUAUUUAUCUUUAUCAUUGACAAAAUUCGACCUAUGUCAGUCGCU